CGAUAGGCAACCGGGGUUCCGUAUUCGUACAUUUAUCUAGAUCUUUUCUAGUACCUGAGUUAAAUGAAUAUAUACCCCAGCAUGCUAAAGAAAUCUUUAUUAACCAUUUCUAAGAGCAUCAUCUCAAUACUCUGGAAAUGGCAACUACUCAUGAGAAUCCAGAUCCAACCACUCUCUAUUCAACAACCUCCACAAAAUCCUUACUCGAUAAAGAUUACCAGGUUAGUGUCCCGAACCCUACUCUAUUAUUCAUACUAAUACCCCCCCUAGAAAAACAGCGAAACCGACAAAUCAUGGUCUCGCAAGUCCCGCGAUUUCCUACACUGGAUCUUCACCCCCCUUGGCUUCUGCAUUACAACCUAUGGUCUAAAUGUAAUCGCCUGGGGAGGCAUGCUCUUCCUCCUAAUGUGCAACGCAGCCCCAGCAAUGUGCCAUCCAGACUGCAACAGUCUGAACUCAUCACGCCGCAUCUGGAUCGAAAUCGACUCACAGAUCUUGAAUGCUCUUUUCUGCGUAACCGGCUUUGGGCUGGCGCCGUGGCGCCUUCGAGAUCUUUACUUUUGGAUCCUUUGGCGGCUGAGUUGGUCAGAGCAACGCCAGACGAAAGGGCUUAACCGUCUGGCGCAGAUCCAUGGGAAAUGGUUCUUACUUGAUUCUACGGGUCAGAGUGUGCUGCCCACCAGCACCACGUUGAAAGUCCCGUGCACGCCACCGUGGAAAAUGGACGCUGUUGUAUGGGGCAACUUUCUAAACACGGUUUUCCAGAUCUGUCUGGCGACGUGUAUGUGGGCGACGAAUCGGUUUAAUCGGCCUAGUUGGACGACCGGUUUGUUUGUGUGCUUGGCUUGUUUGGUGGCUGGGGUUGCUGGGGUCGUGAUGUGGUUGGAGAAGCGUCGCGUCCAGAAAGCCGAUGAACAGUAUAAAGAAGCAACGCCGUUGGUUUCGCGGCCGGGCUCGCCGGAUUCGAUGGGUAGUGAACGGGAGCUUGUUGGCCGUGGGGGUUGAACAGGAGUAUCCUUGGAUACUUAAGAAUUUCAGUCUUUCAGGUGCUCUGCUCACCUACUCACCCUUGGCUCUACCCAACUAGAGCUCACUCCGCCAUCACCCUUCAGGCAGCAAAGAGGUAAAUGGAAGGAAUAACUAUUGAUCAAACUUAGCAUGUGGCCUAAGUACGGCUGAGCCCUGUUUUCCACGGCCUAUGGUCGUAUGUACUGGUAUUUUACCCAAAGAGGCUAAUCAGGUGCG